AUACCUGCUUGAACAAGACUUUCCAGGCAUGCGAAUUGGUCCAGAGCCUACCACGGAUUCUUUUAUUGCUGUUAUGUAUGGAGAUUCAGAAGGAAGUAUCCCUGGAAAUGCCCUAGUUGUUGAUCCUAAGAAGCCAUUCCGCAAACUCAGCCGCUUUGGAAAUGCUUUCCUGAACAGGUUCAUGUGUUCUCAGUUACCUAACCAGGUGCUGAAGAGCAUCAGUAUCAUUGACAGCCCUGGCAUUCUCUCUGGAGAGAAGCAGCGCAUCAGCAGAGGCUACGACUUCUGCCAAGUCCUCCAGUGGUUCGCUGAGAGGGUCGACCGCAUCAUCCUCCUUUUUGAUGCCCAUAAGCUGGAUAUAUCAGAUGAGUUUUCAGAGGCUAUUAAGUCAUUCCGGGGCCAGGAUGACAAGAUUCGGGUGGUGCUCAAUAAGGCUGACCAAGUGGACACACAGCAGCUGAUGAGGGUCUACGGUGCACUCAUGUGGUCCCUGGGAAAGGUGAUUAACACUCCAGAAGUGCUGCGGGUCUACAUUGGCUCCUUCUGGGCCCAUCCUCUCCGAAACACAGAGAAUCGAAGACUCUUUGAAGCCGAGGCACAGGAUCUUUUCAUGGAUAUCCAGAGUCUCCCACAGAAGGCUGCUGUGCGGAAACUUAAUGAUCUCAUUAAGAGGGCAAGACUUGCAAAGGUUCAUGCUUAUAUCAUCAGCUAUCUGAAAAAAGAAAUGCCCUCUGUCUUUGGAAAAGAGAACAAGAAGAAGGAACUGAUCAGCAGGUUACCAGAGAUCUACAUCCAGCUGCAAAGGGAAUACCAUAUCUCAGCAGGGGACUUCCCUGAAGUCAAGAAAAUGCAGGAGCAGUUGGAGGCUUGUGACUUCACUAAAUUCCAUUCUUUGAAACCAAAGCUAAUUGAAACUGUGGAUAACAUGCUGGCCAACAAAAUUGCCUCCCUGAUGAGCCUAAUCAGACAGGAAGAAAGCAAUAUGCUCACAGAGAUGGUACGUGGUGGAGCAUUUGAUGGCACCAUGGCAGGACCUUUUGGCCACGGAUAUGGAGAAGGCGCUAAGGAAGGAGCUGAUGAAGAUGAAUGGGUUGUUGCCAGAGAUAAGCCUGCUUAUGAUGAGAUUUUCUACACUCUGUCACCAAUCAAUGGCAAAAUAUCUGGGAUUAGUGCAAAGAAGGAGAUGGUGACUUCUAAACUACCCAACAGUGUCUUGGGGAAGAUCUGGAAACUUGCAGACUGUGAUGGCGAUGGGAUGUUGGAUGAUGAGGAGUUUGCAUUAGCAAAACAUCUCAUCAAGAUUAAACUGGAUGGAUAUGAAAUACCUGGCACGCUACCUUCCCACCUGGUGCCCCCAUCUCACAGGAAACCUUUCCAGACAACAGAGUGA